AUGAAAGCACAGAGAAGAGAAGGUGUUGUGGUGGAAGAAGGAAACAGAGCGGGCACAUGGUCUGCGUCUCAGGAAAGACGAUGGGGCCGCACACAGCCCGUGUCCUUGCCGCCAGUGUAUGAGCCUGGCAGCGGCAUGCGUCGUAUGAGCCGAUGUGGACUGCGAGAGCGUUGGAGCCCAUGGAGUGACGCCCUCACUUCUGAUGGUGACAACAGCGAAGUGGUGCAUGUAUACAUAGUGGCAAGUUCUCUGGCGUGCCAAAGUUUAAGCAGUGAUGGAGGUACCUCGCUGACUUUACUGGCUCAAGUGACUUCGCCAUGGAGAUGUGGUAACGACAGAUGCAAGUCAACGAGCUCGGAUGACAGCCACCAGGAGUUUUUCAGGAGCAACUCUCCACAGCUCCAUCCCUAG